CGGUUCCGGGGCAACAGUCUCCUUCACAAACAGGCGAAAUGUUGACCCGACUGUCGCGUUUCGGGCCCGCUUUUCCCCGGUUACUCGCUAAUCCACCGGCCCGGUUCGUCUCCCAGUCCAAGCCGAGCGGGGCCGCAGGGUCGGCCGCUGUUACAGAGCUGCACCCCGCUGCGGCACCGGCUGGACACGGUGAGGUCAGCCAGUAUGUCAAGAAUCCGGACUACCAUGGCUUUUCCAGCGACCCCGUGGUGGAUCAGUGGAACAUGAGGGUGGGCUUCUUCUUCGGCAUCUCGGUCGCUCUGGUUAUCGGAGGAACGUUUAUCCACUACCUGCCGGACCACGGCAUGCGGAAGUGGGCCAGGAGGGAGGCGGAGCGCCUGAUCCAGCAAAGAGAGAAGGAGGGACUUCCUCUCAUAGGGGAGAACUACUACGACCCCACCAAGCUGGCUCCGCCCUCAGCUGGAGAGGCGUAGUGUGCCACCGCCGCCCCCGCUGGAUUCAUGACUGCUGUGUUUCACUCUGAGAGAAUAAACGUUCCUGUUGACCUGUGUAAA